AUGGAAAAUGAGCGCAUCAGCGAACCAGCCGAUGCGGUCAUCGCCCGCGAAUCGGACCAGGCCGACAACGGCCAAGAAGUGCCGCCCGUUGACACAGUAAACCAACAGCCCAAGAAGCCCAAGGAGUUCUCCUCUGAGUUAUCAGCGAUUCUAACAACGUUAGGAGCUGCUGUUGGAACGGGAAACAUCUGGCGUUUUCCUCGUAUUCUCGCGCGCAACACCACCGAUGGAGGAGGACUGCUCUUUGUUCUCAGGAAACGGUUCCAUUCGACCUACAGAAAUACUCGAGGAGAAUAUUUCGAACUGUAUUAA